GCACUAGUUGUUUUGCUGAACAUUUGUGUUAUUUAUUAGUUUACUGAACCUUCAUUCUCUUUAUAACGUCUGAAUAUGACGAGCAAACCUGUCUUUGGAUUCUACGGUGGAUGGGCCACCUACCGCAGCGGAAAGGGAAAAUGCACCGUGAAAGACCUCAACCCGCACCUGUGCACCCAUCUUAUCUACGCGUUUGUGGAGCCUAAAGACGAUGGAACGCUCAUCCGAAAGGAUGACAACGAGAAGAAUGCUAUGGAAAACUUUAACAACUUGCGUAAUAGCAAUCCUAGGCUGAAGACUCUUGUGUCGUUUGGUGGUGCCAAUUGUGCUAAAUCUGUGUACGCAAAAGUGGCAGCCAACUCAGUCCUUCGCAAUAGAUUUGCAGUAAACGUGCGUGAAUUCUGCAAAGAGCACGGUUUCAAUGGAGCGGACAUUGAUUGGGAAUUUCCCGAAAGUAGCUCCGAUCAUAGCAACUUUGUACUGCUGCUGUCAGCAUUGGCAUCUGAGCUACACAGUCGCGACCUGAUCUUAACCACAUCGGUGGGUGUUAACAGAGAGUACGAUGUAUCCGGAAUUGCCCGACAUGUUGACUAUAUCCUUCUGAUGAGCUACGAUUACAACGGCACGUGGGACCGCUACACUGGCCAUAAUGCUCCGCUUUGCUGGGGUGCGGUAGAAACUGACUAUCAGAGAAGACUGAACGUUAAGGCUAGUGUCCGCGAUUGGAUAGGUGGAGGUGCCCCGAAGUCGAAACUGAUCGUCGGGUUGGCCGCCUAUGGACGUACGUUCACACUGUCCUCCACCAGUACUGAGGGUACAAGGCGACCCACCAGCGGUCCAGGUCGCAAGGGACCAUAUACAGAUGAAGCAGGCGUUUUAGCCUACUACGAGGUAAAGAACAUGUUUGAACAACGUAUGUGGGAUAGCGACCAGGACGUUCCUUACGCGGUUAGCGGCGAUCAGUGGGUUAGCUACGAUGAUCCACAAAGUAUUCGCAAGAAAUGUGAAUUCAUCAACAGCGAAGGUCUUGGUGGAGCAAUGAUCUGGUCGAUCGACCAGGAUGAGUUCCAGGAUGGCAAAUUCACUCUGCUGCGUACUGUUGUUGCAUGUUUGAAACCAGCAGAACCAGCAUGUUCAAUGAAAUGUGUUGUAUUGUGAGUAGUAUGGGAGAUGCAGACAUAGGUACAAAAAUAUGAAGCACUUUGGCGUAGUCCGCAAAGUAUUCACAUGAAAUAUGACUUUAUCAAAAAGAAGAAGGAUCGGAGAAGCUGGAUAAGUUCAGGG